AUGACCACGCCUACUCUCGUACAGGCAGAACGUGGCCAAGAAACUAUUACGGAAAAUAAGAAGAAAAGAACCGUAAGACAGAUUAAACAUCAAGAACAGGAGCAGAAACUUACUCGCGACUCUAACGGAAAUAUAAUCAAGGAGGAACCAAAGAAGAAAAAAUCUACUACUUCACGUAUUUGGUCAUUGCUUCUCCAAGUGCUCAGUAAAAAACCAAAUUUUUAUAGACGCAGCCGAAAGGCUUCAUACAACUUCGACGAUAGCUUGAGCCAAAAAGAGGAGCCGGCUAAAAAGCAUUGGUGGUGGCGCACAAACAAUGCAGAUGGAAGGGAACGACGUCUCUCCGCUAUCCUCGCUAAAAAUGAAGAAUCCACGAAAGAGGAUUUACCAGUUCGUUACCGCUCUACAGACUGCCUUUAG